AUGGGGUUCUUCUAUCUGUACCACUUCGCCUUCUACGCUUAUCACUACCGCUUCAACGGCCAGUACAGCAGCCUGGCGCUGGUCACCUCCUGGCUCUUCAUCCAGGUCAGAACCGCAGUCCUCGUACUGACCCCGAGCUCGUUCUUCUAUCUGUACCACUUCGCCUUCUACGCUUAUCACUACCGCUUCAACGGCCAGUACAGCAGCCUGGCGCUGGUCACCUCCUGGCUCUUCAUCCAGUUUACAGCAUUGCAGCUGUUAGUUGUUAAAGGAAGCCCAUUCUGCUCUGCACCGGUGUCUGUGGAGAAGAGGAAGUGGCAGACCGAGAUCGAGAACAAGAAGCGUCAGCUGGAGGACGACCGGAGAGCUCUGCAGCACCUGAAGUCGAAGGCUCUGAGGGAGCGCUGGCUGCUGGAGGGAGCUGCAGGACCAGAACAGGACGACGUGAGGAGACAGCUGGAGCAGGACGAGGCCAAGACUAGGAGCCUGGAGGAGACCAUCAACAGGUUGGAGCAGGAGCUGGUCAGUUUGGAAACUGGAGCCGGUUGUCAGACCAUAACACACACUACUGUGUCUUCAGGAUCAGUUACAGCUGUAGAGGUCAAAGGUCACAGCAGCCGUCAGCAGGACAGAGCUGCAGCUGCAGGUUCGAUAGUUCAAGAGGUCAAAGUUCACAAAAGCCCCCGAAUGAUCAAACCGAGAGAGGCGACAGAGGAGAUGAAGAGAGCGAUGUACUCGGUGCAGAUUAAAGUAGAGCGGGACCGAGUGACGGGGGAAACCAGGGUUUUGUCUGCUAACACCACACUUCCUGUUGACCUCUCUCUCCAUGGGGUCAAAGUUUACGAGGACGAGCUGAAAGGUGAUGAUGAAAAAGAAACCGGAGCUUUACGAGAGGUUCCACGCUGAACCAAAGUCCAGCCCGGAAGGGGGGGGGGCAGCCAAAACCAUUUGGAACCAGAUUGUUUUCCUCAGAAUUCUUUAUUCCAGAAUGUGUCAGCAGCUGAGAGGGAACUUCUCCUAAAGCAGAACCAGAACCCAGCAGGAGGACUGCAUGUUCCUCCUCUUCCUCCCCUCUCCUCUCCUCCUCUCCCCUCUCCUGCUCUGCAUGCUGGGAGUUUGACGGUGUAAGCGAGUGGUGAAUGAGUUUAGAGUUAUCCACUUUAUUUUCUCUGUUUUCUUCUUCAUGUUUUUGACGAUAAAAAGCGGUGAUUGCUGACUGGUUGUGGAUGUGACGGCCGACACUGUGGCAGAGACGGCGAAAAUAUCAGACACGGAGCGAGGAUUGUAGCUGAUCGUUGUUUUACAGCGGAGGAGGUUUUGUGAAGUGUCGGAGAACAAGUUGGUUAUGGGAACAUAAGACACUGCGCUCGUAUGAACAAGGCUGUCGUGUUUCUGCAGUCCCUCCGCAGACAGGCUUAUAUGUUUUUGAACCAUCCUACGCAAACUUUCAUUUAAGAUUUGGAAAGGGAUUUUGCUCUGUGUAUGUUAGUGCUGGACAGAUAAAACGUUGUAAAUCUUUCUUCUCCUUUCCUCUUGUUUCCGUUUCCGGUGAAUGUGAGAGGCGGUGGUGGACGUGUGAAUGGUGCAGAGUUUUGAACUGUUUCUGUCCUGGUUUUCGGUUUCCCCUGUGUAUGUUCUGUCCUAGGUGCAUGAUCAGGUAAGCUUUCUUUACUAUUUUUCUUUAAGUGUUGGCUGAGUAAUCACUUGAUUUGUCAGGUAGUUCCAGGAGGAGACACCACCUCCGUCUAUCCGGCAGGGAGUUAGGAUAGUCGCGGAGGAUAGUAGCUGGCUGUGGGUGAGCAGGUAGGGCAUGACAGCCUUUCUUUUGCAUCAAAGCAGUGGUGGUGGUUUUAAAGAUGAGCCUCUUGUGUAUCGGCUGUUUAUCAGAGACACUUUUGUGCAGGUCUCCCCGCCUCCACUCGGACCACCGUGUUCCACCGUUCAUACCCAACGAGCUGUCGGAAAGCGAGCUCCAUAGGUUUGUUUUAAAGCAGUUAGUUUGGGAUGUAGGGAUCCUAAACUGAAGCAGUCUCUGAGGCGGCAGGUGUUCGUGUUUUUAGAUUUACCCGCACAAACACUUGAGGUGUCGUUCAGAGUGAAGCACGGUGAUGGCUCUUACAAAGUGUACGCUUGCUCAGGAAAGCUGAAAUGUUUUGAGUGUGGCGAUGUGGGACACAAAAGUUUUGCGUGGCCACACAAGCAGCAGGUGGCGACUCACGGCACUGAUGCUCCGCUCACGAUGGGGCGGAGGAUGCUGGUCCUGCCCGGCCCACAGUUCUAUCUAUCUCUAUCGUUAUUCUCACGACAGAGAUAGCCAACCUGAGAUCCAACAGACUUCUGUGGCUGCAGAGAAUCUGAGUAGUUCUCAGUCUGCAGAUACAAGAGACCACUCAUAGCAUGGAGAAAAUGUUCAGGAAGCAGCUUCAACAAGUGUUAGAGGCAGGGAGCACAAUGAAGAACACACUGAAGAACACAAUGUAGGACAUGGUGGAGUCAACAGUCUGGUAUCAUGUCAGGGAGAAGACAUGAAUGAGUCAGGUACAGUAUCUAUUGGUGAAACAGAAGCAUUGAUCUCUGUUCUUUAGAGGAAAUAAAUCAGUUUCUAGCUAUAAGAGUAAAAGACUACAAAGACAAGGACAAGUUCAUCAGAUUAGUUGUCCUGACAAAGCUGGUAGGCUUUGACCUCUUAGAUGAAAAGAAACGCUUCUGCCUAAAAAAGCAUGGAACAACUCUGAGAAAAGCUACUAAAUGAAAAACUGCUAAAAAGACUAGAAACUAACAUGAUCAUGUGUCACAUGGGUUUCUCUUCUUUUGACUGCUCUCUUGUUUCAUCUUGACUGUUUUUCCUCUGACCCCUGUAUGUGGAGCCUGAAAAUGGGGUCUUUGAACAUCAAUGGCACAAAAGGGCUCAAAAAAGGAUGCACGUGUUGUUUUUACAAGAAACUCACACCAGCCUAACAGAUGAGACGGAUUGGAGUUUAUGGUAGGAGGGCCCAUGUGUCCUGAGCCAUGGCACUAACCUUAGUGCAGGGGUAGCUGCAGGGGUAGCUGUUCUGUUUAGAACAGCUGCUAAUGCAACCAUUUUAUCUUCUACUGAAGUGGCGAAAGGUCGGCUGUUGAUUGUCGUGGCAGAAUAGAGAGUUCUACUCCCUGCUUUGUUAAUGCCCCAAACCAAGGAGCAGAAAAGAUGAGGUAAGCAAUUACCAUCAUGGGGAUUUUAACUGCACUAUGGACUUUACUAUGGACAGAACAAGUGAGGAGCCCCACCCACAGUCAACUGAGAGCCUUACCCGUGUCAUCACACACCUGGAUCUGGAAACACCUGCAGUGCAGACAAUACACAUGGGUGAGGGUCAGCAACAACAGGGUGAGUGCAGCUAGACUGGACAGGAUCUUUGUUUCCAAGAGUCUCAACUCCAGAUUAGUGCACAGUAACAUAUGUUCAGUUGGGUUCACUGACCAUCACUUUGUCAGCAGUUCAGGAGCUUGAAGCCAGCAUUAAGAAGGCUGCAAAGACAUUCCGAUCCAACUGUGUGUCAACUCCUUUGAAAAAAAUUGUUGGAGUUGAGCUCCUUACUGCAAGAGAGAGUGAAGGGAGCUCUGGUCAGGUCUCGUUUCCUCCGGCUAAAGGACAUGGAUGCGCCAAGCUCUUUCUUCUUUAACCUGGAAAGUUCUGUGGCGCAGAGGAAGCAGAUGACCUGCCUGGAGCUUCCAGGAGGAAGAGUGACCACCAACCCAGGCGAGAUAAGGAACCAUGCAAUGGAUUUCUACACUGAUGUCAGUGCGGCAGAAAAAUGCAGUAUGGAGUGCUGCGAGGAACUCCUGGAAAGGGCUUCCUCAGCUCAGCCCGGAAGAGAAAGCAUCUCUGGACUUGGAGCUGACGCUGGAGGAGUUGACAGUUGCUGUCAAGCAGAUGGCAUCAGGACGGGCACCAGGUAUUGAUGGUCUCUCCACUGACUUCUACAAACAUUUCUGGAAUACACUUGUACAGGAUCUACAUGAUGUUAUGUUAGUGUUUCAGAAUAGGAUCUCUUCCUGUCUCCUGUCAGCGAGCAGCGCUUUUCUUGCUGCCCAAAAACGGGGGACCUGGCCUUACUAAAGAACUGGAGCCCAGUGGCCCUCCUCUAUACAGACUAUAAGGUGCUUACCAGAGCCUUAUCGAGCAGACUUAAGGACUUCCUGGAAAUAAUUGUUCACAUGGAUCAAACAUACUGUGUACCUGACAGGACAAUUAUGGACAAUAUUUCUCUUAUUCGAGAUGUGAUUAAUGUGUGUAAAUCCUAUAAUGUGGACUUUGGUAUUGUCUCUUUGGACCAGGAGAAAGCUUUUGACAGCUUUUGGUAUUGGUGAUGGUUUCUGGCUUGGGCUGGUUUACUGUAUAGUGGUGCUCAGUGUAUGGUGAAGAUGGGGGCAGGGCUGAGUCAGCCAAUCCCUGUACAGCGAGGGAUAAGAAAGGGUUGUCCUAUAUCAGGCCAGCUAUUAAACUUAGCUAUGGAACCCUUGCUGUGCAGGUUGAGAGGUCGGCUCAGUGGUCUCUCACUGCCCGGGUCAACAAAUACUGAUCAUCCUCCUACUGUGUCUGUUUAUGCAGAUGAUGUUAAUAUUUUAGUAUCCCGCCAAGGAGAUAUCCAGUGUUUGCAGGACACUCUUUCCCUGUAAGAAAAAGACUCAUCUGCACAGGUGAACUGGGCAAAGAGUGACACCUUGCUGUUGGGGCAGUGGAGGGAUCAUGUGGUGCCCAGUGUGCCUCGGGGGUCUUGAGUGGGGAAAAGAGGGGCUGAAAGUGUUUUUUUGGGCACCGAGGGCUUUCAAACUAAGAACUGUGAGGGAGUUAAGGACUGCUCGGUUGUCUAAAUGGAAAUUGUUGCUACCCCAGUUCUCAUGUAGGGGAGUACUGGUUGCUAGUAACUUGGUUGCCUUGGCUCUCUUGACUCUUCGCUCUGGUGCACCAGGAGGCCUGAAUGAGGACGUGCAGAGAACCAUGUUGGACUUUUUCUGGUCUGGUAAGCACUGGGUCCAGCCAGGAGUCCUUUACCUGCCUGUGGCAGUCAAAAAUCACCUAAUUUAGACUCCAGACUGUGCAAAGGCUUCUGUACAGCUGGGGCACAGGUUGGAUUGAGACAGCUCAUCUGCUGCUGAGGAGGGCCGGGCGGUUGGGAUAAACAUCUUUUCCUCUUACAAUCCGAGUAUGUGGACCUUACUGGGCAUUUUCCAGCUCUGUACUGCAGGCAUGGCAGAUUUUUAAAUUCACACGGGCUACAAAUGAGAUUCCUGGCAUGUGGGUGUUUAAGGAACCUUUGUUUUUUAACAGCUUCAUAAACAAAUGCUGCAGUCUGCCAGCCUGAGAGGGAGGCUGCACAAACCUGGGCCAUCUGAUGAGGAGGACGGUAACAGCUGUGGAGGCCCUGAGGGACAGCAGCAGCAUCACAUCUAUCCUGGAUCUUGUGGAGGAGUGCAGGUCUGUGCUGCCCUGCCUGUGGCAGGGCAGCCACCUGUGUGACCAGUAGAGUGUGUGAGUACAGCUUCCCUUCCCUGUUGAUCAGUGGCAGGAAGGAGCUCAGCUGCUGUCCUUCACAACCCCCCACCUGGACAAGAUUCAAGCUGUGGGAAGAAAAGCAGUCUACCAAAUGUGCGUUAAGGUUCUGAACCUGCGCUCUUUGGCAGGGUUGAAGGAGUCCAGGUGGACUGACUUCUUUGGUCCAGAUGCUUCCCCAAAGGCAGCUGGCGGACCCUGGACAAGCUGCCGAUUGAAAAGUGGACAGCAGACCUCCAGUGGAGAGUUGGACACGGGCCAAUGGCUACAAACCGAUCCAGAGCACACCUGGACCUAGAGCUGGGGGAGAAGUGACCCUGGUACACUUACUUGUUCAGUGUCCUUGUCUGUCAGCACUUUUGCUGGGCAGACUUUUUCUUUUAGUUUGUUUAUAUUUGGCCCCCGAAAUACAGUGAAGAUGUCUGUGCACAAUUUGGUGAACUUUUCAUCUGGUUCUGCAAAGAUGAUCAUCUGGCUGACUCGUAGAAACCGGGCUGAGAGUGCCGGUCCUGGAGGGACUGCUUAAUACCCGACUGAGGGUGGAGCAUGCAAAUUAUGUGAUGAUGGACAAUAUCCAGGCUUUCAGUCGCUGUGUGUGUGUGUGGGGGGGGUUCGUCUUGUUUUUUGUUUGUUGUUUUUUUAUUCUUGUGAUGACGUCAGUGAGUUGAAUUUCUGUUCUGGCUUCAAUGUUUAAUAAAGGGAGUCGUCCUCCUCUCUCCUCCUUGCUCUUCUCUCUCCUCCCCUCUCCUUCUCUCUCCUCCUCUGCCUCUCCUUCUCUCUCCUCCU